UUUUAUCUUAACGGCGAAAGCGCAGCUACUGCCGCGUCACCGAUCCGAAGCUUUUCUUGGAGACUCGGCUCAAAGAUCUUCCUUGCAGAUCUGGAGACUAAAGCCGCAAACGAGGCUUCAGAAGCUGGUCAGGGCUGUUUUCUGAAGACACUGAAACUUGGCUCGUAUGUCUUGUCCCUUUAAUUUGGUUCAUUUCUCAGGCUUGGACAAGAUGCUGCUGACCAGAACCAGCAAGAGCGGCCUCUGGACCCUUCAGAAAACAUACUGGUUUAGAACCUGCCCCCCGGCUUACUUGGCUUCGUCACCCUCCCGCCCCCAUGGCACUUGGAACAGCGCUGGCAGCACUAGACGCAGGUUUGUGGUAGCAGCCGGGGCUGGGUUGGGAAUAGGUACCAUCUUGGCCUACGGAAACUACCGUCGACAGGCGGCUGAGGUUGACCCCCCAGCGUCCACAUCUGGCCCUCCAUUUCCUGUCUUCACCCGGCAGGAAGUGGCUUGCCACCACAGCGAUGCCGAUCGAGUAUGGGUGACCUACGGCAGCGAUGUGUUCGACGUUACAGAUUUCUUAGAGUUGCAUCCUGGAGGGAAAAGCAAGAUUCUCCUGGCAGCAGGAGGUGCUCUGGAACCCUUUUGGGCUCUCUAUGCGAUGCACAAACAGGAACAUGUUUUAGAGAUCCUUCAAAGUUACAAAGUGGGGGAGCUGAGCCCAGAGGAGCCUCCCCAACCGAGUGUGGGAGACCCUUAUGCAGAGGAUCCGCCACGCCACCCUGCCCUGAAAAUCAACACUUUGAAGCCCUUCAAUGCAGAACCCCCUUCAGAGGUGAUCGCUGAGAACUAUCUGACCCCCAGCCCGUUCUUCUUCAAACGCAACCACCUUCCUGUUCCGCUUGUGGACCCUGCUGCCUACCGGCUGCAUGUCCAGGACGCCUGUGGCCGGACACUGUCUCUUUCUCUGCGGGACUUGAAAAGAAGUUUUCGUAAGCACGACGUGGUUGCCACAGUGCAGUGUGCUGGCAAUCGCCGGGCAGAAAUGAAUGCACUCCAGAGCACCAACCGGUUAGGUUGGGGCAUUGGGGCCAUUAGCACGGCGUGCUGGGGGGGCGUCCUCCUCCGGGACGUCCUUGUGCAUGCUGGGUACCAGCCUGGCGACGAAGGGCAUGUCUGCUUUGAAGGGCUAGACAGAGAUCAGAGCGGCACCGUUUAUGGUGCCUCUAUCCCUUUGAAGAAAGCAAUGAACCCCGAGGGGGACGUCCUCUUGGCCUAUGAGAUGAACGGAGAAGAGCUGCCUCGGGAUCAUGGAUUCCCCCUCCGGGUCGUCGUGCCCGGUACCGUGGGUGCUCGAAGCGUCAAGUGGCUGACCCGAAUUUCAGUGGGUCCAGAGGAAAGCAAAAGCCACUGGCAGCGGAAAGAUUAUAAAGGAUUCUCUCCCGCUGUGACGUGGGAUACGGUGGACUUUUCCAAGGCCCCUUCCAUCCAAGAGAUGCCGGUCCAGUCAGCCAUCACCGAGCCCAGCCCUGAUGCCUCUGUCACCCCUGGAGAACUCACGGUGAAGGGCUAUGCUUGGAGUGGAGGCGGGCGAAAUGUCAUCCGUGUGGAUGUCUCACUGGAUGGUGGGAAGAGCUGGCGGGAGGCCGAGCUAACUGGGGAGGAGCAGUUGCCUGGCCGAGCUUGGGCAUGGAAGCUGUGGCAGCUGAAGGCUUCUGUGCCCACGGGUACCAAACAGCUGAACAUUGUCUGUAAGGCUGUGGACAGCAGCUACAAUGAGCAGCCUGACACGGUGGGGCCGAUCUGGAACAUUUUGGGAGUGCUCAACAAUGCUUGGCACCGGGUGCGCAUCUCCGUCGGGGAGGACUAAAGGGAACUUCUGCGUACUGUUUUCCUUCUGCAAUCAAGGUCCCCUUGGACACGACCAGAGAUCUUCAGUGGGGUCUUAGGAUCCCAUUUUUGCACACUGUUUGCCCCACCUCAUCACUGUAGUGAGGUCUAUGGAGAGUUCAGAGGAAGAGGGUAGACUUUCUACUUAACUGCAAUAGGUGUCUCUGUUUUCCUUGGACGUUUGAGACUGGCCCCUUUUCGGUGACUCCAAGAAGUCUUUCCAGUAGUCCACUUUACCUACACUGCUUAUUAGAUGAACUUUUAGUUUAGGUAUAUUGUCGAAGGCUUUCACGGCCGGAGAACGAUGGCUGUUACGGAUUUUCCGGGCUGUAUAGCCGUGGUCUUGGUUUAGGGUUUGGUUUGGGUUUUGCAUUGUGUAUUUCAGUCUCCGUUGCUAUGUUGUCACAUAGCGAAGCUGCUUAAAGACAAACGUUAAUUUUCCCCAUACCAUUAAUAUGUUUUUUUCUUGCCCAUCACCAUAUCUUUCCCCCUCCUGAAUGGGGGACUCCUUUCAUGGUCCCAAGUUCUGUAUAGAGCAAGAUGUACCUGCAGUAGUUCUAAGGGAGAACUUUAUUCUGGAGCUGCAGUAGAGUGACUGAACUGCGUAGGAUCGCACUGUCCCAUGUUGAUAGUGCAAUCCUAUGCAGAGUUACCCAAGUCUAAACCCGCUGAUUUCAGUCUGCUUAGGCUGGGCUUGACUGCAGAGGGGCGUGGUGCAAGUCUGGCCAGCAUCUGUGUGUCCUCCUAUUCCAGUCGUGGGAAGAGUUUUUGUGGUGUCCUUCUGAGAAUCCUGCUGCCUUUUAGAACCUCUGGUGCCUUGAAAGGGGCGCCGCGUCUUCAUUGCUGCAUCUGUUGAUCUUUCUCGGAUCAGUUUGAGUGUUCUCGUAGUUAUUGGUGGUAGUCGUUUCUGCCACCCCCGCUGUUCAACAGCCAUGCUGACCAGAUGCAAAAAAGCGACCAAGAGAGAAUUGGAGCGCAGCCCUUAAAGUUAAUUGAGCAUCCUUUGCAUACAGAAUGGUGGUGGCAUUCACACUUGGUUGGGUUUAGUCCUUGGUAGGACUGCAAAUGCUAUUGAGGACUGCUGCUAAGCUUGCAUAGAUGCUCUUCCGGGACAGUCAGGCAUGUGAAGCAGGAGGCUGUGGGUGGAGGAACGCUCCCAAGAAACGCAGGCUGCUGCUGCUGGUCAUAUGGGGAAGCUUAGGUUUUCCUUCUGGACCAUGUUGGAAUCCGUUUUGUCUUGAGCAUUUCGCUUCCCAAUGCCUGCUUGCUCCCAGCUGUGUCAGCAGUGUGCCUUCUUUCUCGUGGUGCAAGGGUUUGUUUUUUUGGCUCAUUCGCACGCUCCUUUCCCAUCUUCUCAGGGUACUGAAGUUACAUCUCUUCCGGUUUGCAGCCUGCACCUCUUCUGCAACUCUCACACAAAUGUGCUUUCCUGCUAUUGAUGCGCACGCGAGAAUUAAAGUGGACAGAUAGGAAGAUGUCCUCGAAUUUACUGGGGGUUUGAUGCAAUGUACUGUACUGCUGCAACCGUUGCACUGGGGCAGUUAUAGCACUUUGGGGUUGGGGAAGGCUAUGGAGGGGGAAGCUUUGCUGUGGUAGAGCUACGUGUCUCUUUCAGCUCUGCCCCCAAACAUCAAGUGAUGCUUAGAAAGUAGAUAGAUUCUGGACCUGCAGUGUAAUGCCCCCCCCCACCAUCAUGCUCAUAAGCAGUUUUCUUACAACAUCUGGCAAGCUUUGAAUGUUGGCUGCAAGGAGAGCUUUCACCUUUUUUUAAAAAAUUGCUGUUUCCCUCUGCUGGCCAUGUUGAGAAAUUUGUACACAAUCAGAGUUUCAGAGUUUCACAAUGACCCAUUUACAGAAAAGCUGAAACUAGAAAAAGGUCCCUCAUGCUAGAGCACCAACAGUAUAAAACUGCUUGAGCUGAAUUCUUAGCAGAGCUGCAUUUCAGCUUCUCUUCUACAGCUAAACAUGGAACCUAUUAACUCUUGAUGUCUUUUUUGACAGCUCUAAUGAAUGUUUUGACAACAGAGAGUUUGAUACUCACAUGGGCUUGGAGCUGUGCCGUGAAUCAAAGAAGGCCUGAUUGUUGCUAGAACAUUGUAUGUGCAAAGAUAGCAGUUAUUCAAGGAUAAGGCUUGAUGAAUCCUGCAAAGGAAGUAGGUGUCAAGGGAGAUAGAUACCUGUUGGGCCCAAUGAUUUCAGUGGCUGUUCAUUAUUUUGGGUGUCCAGGCCUUUCUGCUGCGUGGUUCUGCUGCAUGUGAGUAUCGAACUCUCUGUUGUCAAAACAUUCAUUA